GUGUGCCCGGAGAGGCCGAGCAGCCCGCACCCGACCUGCUGGAGGUGGAAGUGGGCAGCACCGCCCUCCUGCAGUGUGGCCUCUCGCACGCACCCACCAACCUCAGCCAUGUGGACUGGUUCUCUGUCCACAAGGGCAAAUCAACGCUCAUCUUCCGUGUGCGCCAAGGCCAGGGCCAGAGCGAACCUGGGGAGUACCAGCACCGGCUCAGCCUCCAGGGCAAGGGACCCACUCUGGCCCUGACUCAGGUCACGCCCCAUGACGAGCGUGUCUUCCUGUGCCAGGGCAAGCGCCCUCGGUCCCAGGAGCAUCGCAUCCAGCUCCGUGUCUACAAAGCUCCGGAGGAGCCCACCAUCCAGGCCAACGCCGUGGGCAUCCCGGUGAACAGUGAGGAGCCCGAAGAGGUUGCUACCUGUGUGGGGAGGAACGGGUACCCCAUUCCUCAAGUCAUCUGGUACAAGAACGGCCGGCAGCUGAAGGAGGAGAAGAACCGGGUGCACAUUCAGUCGUCCCAGAUUGUGGAGUCCAGUGGCCUGUACACCUUGCAGAGCGUCUUGAAGGCGCAGCUGGUGAAGGAGGACAAGGACGCCCAGUUCUACUGUGAGCUCAGCUACCGGCUGCCCAGCGGGAACCACAUGAAGGAGUCUAGAGAAGUCACCGUCCAUGUUUUCUACCCGGCCGAAAAAGUGUGGUUGGAAGUGGAGCCCGUGGGGACACUGAAGGAGGGCGACCACGUGGAAAUCCGGUGUCUGGCAGAUGGCAACCCCCCACCCCACUUCAGCAUCAGCAAGCAGAACCCCAGCACCAGAGAGAUGGAGGAGCAGACGACCAACGACAACGGCGUCCUGGUCUUGGAGCCUGCGCGGAAGGAGCACAGCGGGAUCUAUGAGUGUCAAGGCCUGGACUUGGAAGCCAUGGUAUCGCUGUCGAGUGACCCGCAGGAGCUGCUAGUGAACUACGUGUCCGACGUCCGGGUGAGUCCUGCAACCCCCGAGAGCCAGGAGGGCAGCAGCCUCACCCUGACCUGCGAGGCAGAGAGUAACCAGGCCCUGGAGUUCCAGUGGCUGAGAGAAAAGACAGGCCAGGAGCUGGGAAGGGGGCCUAUGCUCCAGCUGCACGACCUGACACGGGAAGCAGGGGGAGGCUACCGCUGUGUGGCGUCUGUGCCCAGCGUGCCUGGCCUGAACCGCACACGGCUGGUCAAUGUGGCUGUUUUUGGGUCCCCGUGGAUGGCGUGGAAGGAGAGGAAGGUGCAGGUGGAAGAGAAUGCCGUGUUCAACCUGUCGUGUGAAGCGUCGGGGCACCCUCGGCCCACCAUCUCCUGGAACGUCAAUGGCACGGCAAGUGAGCAAGACCGAGGUCCACAGAGUGUCCUGAGCAGCCUGAAUGUCCUUGUGACCCCAGAGCUGCUGGAGACAGGCGUUAAGUGCACGGCCUCCAAUGCCCUGGGCAAGAACACCACCGUCAUCUUCCUUGAGCGGGUCCGUUUAACCACCCUCACACCUGACUCCAAGACCACUGGCCCCAGCACCUCCACUGUCAGUCCUCAUCCCAGAGCCAACAGCACCUCCACAGAGAGGAAGCUGCCUGAGUCGGAGAGCCAGGGCGUGGCCAUCGUGGCUGUGAUCGUCUGUAUCCUGGUGUUGGCCGUGCUGGGCGCCGUCCUCUACUUCUUCUACAAGAAGGGCAAGCUGCCGUGCGGGCGCUCGGGCAAGCAAGAGAUCACGCUGCCCCCGUCUCGUAAGAGCGAAUUUGUAGUAGAAGUUAAGUCAGAUAAGCUCCCAGAAGAGAUGGGCCUCCUACAGGGCGGCAGCGGUGACAAGAGGGCUCCAGGAGACCAGGGAGAGAAAUACAUCGAUCUGAGGCAUUAGCCUCUGGGUCACCACUGGCCCCCUCGCUGCCUGGGAUGGUCCUGGCUCCCUGCUCUCUUCUCCCCAGCCAGUCAGUCUCCAAGGGGACAACUGAAAAGCCCCUGCUCCAGUGCACCUGCAGACCCUCCUCACAGGGCCAAGGGGCUGGGACCAGGGCUGUCUGGAGUCGGACCUUGCUUGGCCCUGGAAGCCUUCUUGCUGGGACCAGGCACCCAUCUCCAUCUGCCCAGUGAAACUUACCCUAAGGAGAGGUGCCAGUCUCCCAGAGGGGGACAAGUUCUGUCCCCUUCCUGUGUGGCUGUCAAUACCUGUCUUCUGCUGGCAGCUGGGUUGGGAGCCUCCACACUGGGACUGGAGGUGCACAAGGAGCCCAGCACUUGACCUGUGCCACUGCAGGCUCUCACCGCCCUAGAGAGCAGCCAGUGGCACCUUGAAGCAGCUGAGUGCUGCUGCUGCCAUCUUCCUGCCCACUUCUUAGGGUCCCUUUCAUGCCACUUUUUUUGGGCAGAAGCCAGGAACUGGUGUCUUUCCUUGAAGGACACAUCCCAGCAGUGAGGAGGCUGGGCACCGUUUUCGAGUUAAGGCCCACUGCCCUCUCAAGGGGUCAUGGAAGAUGGAGAGGUGGGGGGCGGGCGACAAAGACGACAGCCAGAUUGUCCUUCCUGGGGUGUAAGGCUGCAGUUCUGUUAGCGCCAGACUGCUAUAACCUGAGCUAGCGGGCCCAAACCUCAGGGGGAGGCCCCAAUGGGAGGACGGUACCUGAAGAUGAGAAUGAGAAAAGGGCCUGGCAAGAGCUUUGGAGUGGUGUGUGUCUGUGUGCGUGUACAUAUCUGUAUAUGGUUUUGCUGUGUGUAAAUUUGCAAAAUUUUCCUUUUUAUAUAUAUAUAUAUAUAUAUGAAAAAUAAAGCUUAAAUUGUC